UAACGAUGCCAAGUACUUGUUGUUGUGUACCUGGAUGUCAUUUAAGAGGAGGACAUGCAUUUCCAAAUGACUUAAAAAGAAGAAAAAGUUGGAUCAACGCCAUGGCCCAUACGCAGAUUGGACGAGAACACGAUGAAAUCGUGGAGUCCAUCUCAAUCAGCUGUUGUUUGCAAGGCACAUUUUACUGAAAAAGACUACGUGCAGGAAACUAUUCAUGGGCACAAACCCACCAUACAGAGACUUAAGUCUACUGCCAAUCCCAGCCUAUUUUCCUGGACCAAGCAAGAGACUGAAUCGUCCGCAAAAAGAAAAAUCAGGGCAGUUUCCUGUGAAAACAAAAGAACUAAACUUGAUGAAUAUUGUAGUAGAAAUCUAGAGGAAAGUUUUGAUUGUAAAGUUGGUUUUCCUGAAGAAGUAAUUCAUACUGCAGACAGGAUUUAUGACUGUCCACCACCAAUUGCCGAGCUAAUGUUGAGCUUCACAGAUGGAAUUACGCAAACACCAUCAAUGCCUAUAUUUUCAGCAGAGAAUUUUGAAAUGAAGACACGUGACACAGCCAUGCAUUUUUAUACCGGUUUAGAGUUGUAUACUAAAUUUUUAUUUGUUUUGACCACACUUGGUCCAACAGCACAUUGUUUGAGAUACAUAUAUUUUCAAAUUGAUAGGGUGUCAUUUGAAAAUCAGUUUUUUUAUGACUUUGAUGAAAUUGAGGCAUUAUACAACCAACUUUGAACUGUCUAGAUUCUAGAUUGAAACUAGUGUUAAGAAUAUUGUGUAAACAUGGAUUGUUUUUAUGUCUAAACAGUGGCGUGAGGCUAACACUUGGCCAUUUAGUGGUUUAGUCAGGUAUUUUUCGCCAUCCAACUUAGAAUUAAAGUUUCCUACAACUUGGAUUAUUAUUGACAGCACAGAAUAUCCCGUGAUAAAACCUAAAGCUCCUAGAGCUCAGGCAACCUUUUCAUCAUAUAAAAACAGAAACACUGAAAAUACUUGUAUGUUCGACACCUGGUGGUUUAGUCAACUAUGUCUCUAAUGCAUAUGUUGGUUGUACCAGUGACUGUGAAAUAGUUGAAAGAUGUAGAAUAGUUCAAUUAUGUGAUCCAGGUGACAGUGUGAAGGCAGACAAAGGUUUAAAUGUGCAAGAUUUGUUUGCUCACUUUUUUCAAAAAAAGAAACAGAAUUAGUUCCAAAACUCUUAUACGGGAUAGAAAAGUCUCCAAUUAACACGUGCACAUAGAGCUAAUUAUUGGACUUGGCAAAACAUACAAAAUUCUAAGAAAUCCUAUGAAUGGAACUGAAACAAAACUUUCAUCUGAAAUAACAUUUAGUUGUUUUAUGUUGUGUAAUUUUAGAACUUGUAUUGUGCCAAAGGAUGCAUAAAUAAAAGUGACGCAAUGAA